AUGUGCGGGAUGGUUGUUAUGGCUCACCAGACAGCUAUCACUCAGACUGUUCAUCAACACCACGCUUUUUCUUGUCUUCGCUCGAUUAAUUGCGGUUCGGUUCACGCGUUUGAGAGUCUGGACACGCGUGCGCAACUGGCAUAUUCGAAAAGAUGAUUUGAAAAUCUCACCUCAAGUCCUGAAUGUUCGAAAAUUAUCCUGACUCCGUUUCGCGGAAUCGCAUCCAAGACUAGGAGAAAUAGGUUGCUUGCGUCCGUGAUGCAACCAGCCGUUCCAUACCAUACGGAGUCCCAUCAAUGAUAUCGUAGGUACGGACACAACCAGACCUCCAAUCAUGCUUCACGAAAUUCUACUUGCUCUUUCUGGCCAUCCAUCUCCUCUAUUCUACGAGAACCAGGAUCCACAGGCAACGCCUGAUCAUCAAACACCGUUCCCUGCACUCUCGUCAACGGAGCGCUCCCUUCUCUCGUCUGUCGGCACUUUAGCGGAGGUGCACAACAAAACACGACAAUUCUGUCACCAAAUAUCCUCGACACACCCUUCGCUUGUUUGUCGUGCUGUGGCAACGUGCAUCAGCACCGUCCAUCUUGCUCGUUUCCAAAGGAAAAUCCUCUUGGUGGAGGAGCAGAUCCUACGGAAGGAUGCGUCGCAAGUUGGAGCAUACGAUAUCGUCCCGCUGGCCGGAAUUAUUGCUGAAUUCGAUCCAUGGCAGGGGUUGAUGUCGUGGUAUUGUAUGAUUGCCGAAUUCAUGCUCGCCCCAAAGCAGGAGCCGAAGGAAAGCUGCACGGCAUCCUCCAUUAUCAACCGACUACGCCGGGAGACGAGUACCGGGUAUUUCGACAUUGAGCAAGCAGCCUUAGACCUACGAGGUGUUGCCGAAAGAGCCUGGCUUCGACAGUUAUCUUCAUGGCUGUUGUAUGGCAAUCUAUCGAAAGGUGCUACUUAUGACUUCUUCAUCACGGCGAAUACUGAAAACGGCGAAACGGAGUUCCAUCUUCACACUGAUCACCUUCCACAUUUCGUAGACGAGGAUGUUGCUGCGUCUAUACACCUCGUUGGAAGAUCUCUGAACCUAAUCAAAACACGAAAACUCAUGGCAAACUCCAGCGUUGCUGAUAUCUCCCUUCUACCAAACCAGGCGUCGGUCUUGUCCACUCUGCAAUGCCCACUGACAUCCAGUCAAUUUUCUGCCGCGAUCCAUAGAAUACGGCAGACAUUUUCUCAAAAGACAUUACGUUACCUGCUCCCUCUUCCACGAAUCUUACAACUGCUCGAUUUGAUGGCGGCAUUUUUCUUGUUAGGAAGAGGUGAAUUCGCCGUCUGUCUAAUAUCGGAAGCGGAUCGGUGCAUGGAAGAGAGAAGACAAAUGUCAAACCGGUCAACAACAACGCAGGACACGAGCCUGAAGAGUCUGAUGGUUACAGAAGGGGAGAUAUCUUCAGUUCUUGCUCGCACCUGGUCGACUCUUCUUUCGAUGACAGAUGACUCGGAUGCCUCAGACCCCAUCUUCGACCUUGGCCGGAAACUUCUCUCUCUAAACAUGAGCAGCAACCGUUCUCAAGUUUCGACGUCUCAUCAUGGAAUCAAGAACACACACCAUUCAUUUUACGAUAUGCUUCUCUCCAUCCCCGUACAACUCACUCUCUCUAUCCCCUCUCCCCUGGACCUCUUCCUCACCUCGUCCGAUGUGGAAAAAUAUUCUUCAAUCCAUGCCUACCUUCUAGCAAUCCGUCGAGCACACAUGCACCUUUCCCAGCUCUGGCGUCAAACGUUGCUUCGUCGAGAUCAUCCAGCACCAACGGGCCCGCCUCGCAGCAAUACCGAUUAUGGUCGGCGAGUCCUGAAACAAAAACGAGAACGAGAACGAGAACGACGACUUGAAUGCCGAAAAGUUUGGGCCACGUGCUCUGCGGGUGUGCUUUUGCUCUCUGAACUCGGCGAGUAUUUCGAGGGGCAAGUGGUGCAAAAUAGCUGGCUUCAAUUCAGGUCCUGGAUCCAAAGGAGCCAGCCAGACGGGGAGAACGCAAUGUCAGCAAUGCGGGAUCUCUCUCUCGUGUCCGCAGGGUCUGAUAAGCACGAGACGUCGAUGCAAGAUACGGGGAAUGCUGGGUCACGCUCGCAUGACCCUGAAUCUGUUGCAUCCGCCCAUCGAACUUUUAUAUCCUCCCUUUGCACAUCGCUCCUAAUCACCGAUCCCGCCUUUACCGGUAUCUUGCGCUCGUUUCUUGCCAAUAUCCAAGCACUGACCGGAUCAUUCACGCGACUUGCGUUGAUUCGCUCCGCUUUGGAUCUGGAGUCAGAUGAGGGUGUCGUUGACGCUCUCAUGGAUUACGAACACGAGGAGACAACUGUGAAGCUGGAAUUAGAUCGAUCACGCAAAAGAUUGGACGGGGAUAUGAAGGCUUUGUUGGUUCGUCUGCGGGAAUUGGAUCACAGCACGCUGAGAACAAAUACGGAAGAAUCUGAUGGAUUUGAAGUGGAUGACCCAAGUAGAAGGCCCUAUCAACCCGAUCAGAGUGGAGGCGUUGAUCAGCUCUUGAUGAAGCUUGAUUUCGGGGCGCUUGUCGAGAGGAAUGAGGAAGACGCAGUGUACGAUCUUCUAUAAUGCGAACAUCGAUAUUCCUUCUGGCGCGAUCCGUGGCCACGCUCUACACUUCCCUGAUGCUAUCUCAGGGAAGCAUUCUCGGGCCAUGACUAAGUAUAUCCACACUAACGAUUCUACAAUUAUGCGCUGAAACCUUU